UGCAUUACAUAUCUGAGAGGAAUCUUUCCUGAAAGUGCCUAUGGAACAAGAUACAUGGAUGACGUCUGUGUCAAAAUUCUGAGGGAAGACAAGAACUGUCCUGGCUCUACUCAGUUGGUGAAAUGGUAUGUUAAUUACAGUGUGUAUAUAACAGUUUGAUAGCAUAACAAUUCUGAGAGAUACCUUUCUGGUUGUUUGCAGAUACAGAGAAAAAAGUUCAUUUGUUACAAGUGAACAACUGCCCAGGCAGUGCUUUCAAUACUUGGUAUUUGCUAUGUUGACAGGUUUUUUUCAACAGAAAUUCACAAUGUGUGUGUUUUGGUAGAGAUGUAAUUGACUUGUAUAGUUUUGUUUCUAGAAAGUCUUACAACUUGGUGCUUAGUAGGGCACAAAUCCUUAUUUGCAGAGUGAUGAUACUUUAUAUUUAGUUUCUGUGGUUGUAGGAGUGAUCAAGGAUGCACAUAAAUGCAAAAAUCUAACCAGUAGUUCCUCUCUAGUUGAACAGGAGACAGUGUUAACAUUUUGCAUCUUGAAUUUAAAGAUCUUGCUCUCAGACUUGUAUAAGAAAGUGGUACUGUUGGCCUUUAUAUUCAAAAGCAGAAUUCUGUCUGCAAAUGAUUGUCUGCUUGUACAUUCAUACAGCUGAGUGUAUGUCACUUGGGACUAGAGGUAUUUAUUUUCUUUCUUUUCAUGAUAACUGCCAGGCUUCUUCAUGGCUGCUCUCCUUGCUCUUUAGAAAAAGACCUUUGCCUUGUAUUCCUAUUUUUUUGUUACCUCUUUAAGGGCCAUCUUUGUUCUUUUCACACUUUUACCACUUGCAGUACAAGGUAGGGCAUCAGAAAUGAUGCUGCAUUCAGCAGAGUGGGUUUGCAGCUGUAUCAGUGUUGAGAUGUUCAGAGAUGUAGGUCUUGAGUUCUGCUGAUAAAGGUGAAAUUAGUAAUCUCUGUCCGUGUGCUGUCACUAUACAGAGGGGGGGAAAAAGGCUUCUUUUACUGUAACCUGGAAUUUCUUAAUUGAUCUUCUGUGGUAGAGGAAACCGAAGUGGCAUGGAGUGCCUUUUCACCUUACACUCAUGCAUCAAACAUUAGCGAGGGUGGUGGUGUGGCAGCCUGCUGACAAGGAAAAGCUCCCUGAUUUUUGUGUGAAGGGCAUGUGCUACCUGUUUGGAGUUUACAGCUAAGAAUGAUUGUCCUAGCAGUUUAUACCCAUCCAGAAGAUCCUCAGACAAUUACAGAAUGUUACCACUUCAAAUUCAAGUAUACUCACAAUGGGCCACUCCUGGAUUUCAGCAGUAAGAAUAAAAGGAAUGAUUCUACAAUCACCUGUGCAGACACCAAGAAAGCAAGUAUUCUCCUCAUUCGCAAGAUUUACAUUCUGAUGCAAAACCUGAGUCCAUUACCAAAUGAUGUUUGCCUGACUAUGAAGCUGUUUUAUUAUGAUGAAGUUACUCCAUCUGAUUACCAGCCUCCUGGUUUUAAGGAGGGUGAAUGUGAGGGGAUGAUAUUUGAGGGGGAGCCUAUGUAUCUGAAUGUGGGUGAAGUGCCAACGCCUUUUCAUAUGCUGAAAGUUAAAGUUACAACUGAAAAACAACGAAUGGAGAAUGUUGAUAAAAAUGUCCUAAAGCAUGGAGAAACAAAUGUGCCUCUUCAGGUGCUCAGAGCAGACAGAGAUGAUCCAGAAAAAGAGAACCAGGAUAUGAAUGAAGAUCCUGUCUUAGAUAAUAAAGCAGAAGAUAGGAAUAAUGUAAAGAUUUCAGAAGCUCAAGAACCAAAUUUAACUUGUGAAGAAGAAGUUAUGAAGGCUGAAGGGAACCAGAAGCUGUGUGUUUCUAAUCCCCAGGUUGAUCAUUUGGCAAGUAAGACAUCUGAACUUAACGUGUCAGGGAGCAGGACAAGAAGUGGAAAGAUAUUUCAAGCCAGCACGCCAGAGGGGGAGAUGACGACGCUAACACACCGCGGACGGCGUGCUGAGGUGGGAAGGAACUCGGACAAGAAACCUGACAGUGAGGAAGAUGCGGCUGUGGACAGAGAUCUGAAUGAUGAUGAUGCUGAUGACUCCAAAGAUAUCCGCCUCACGCUCAUGGAGGAGGUGCUACUGCUGGGGCUGAAGGACAAGGAGGGCUACACAUCCUUCUGGAAUGACUGCAUCUCUUCAGGCCUGCGGGGCGGCAUCCUCAUCGAGCUGGCUCUGCGGGGCCGGAUCCGCCUGGAGCCACUCUCCAUCCGGAAGAAGAGGCUGCUGGAGAGGAAGGUGAAGGUGCUCUUGAAGUCGGACACGCCAACUGGUGACGUCUUGCUGGAUGAGACCCUCCGACACAUCAAGGCCACAGAGUCUGCAGAAACGGUGCAGACCUGGAUAGAGCUGCUCACUGGGGAAACCUGGAACCCCUUCAAGCUGCAGUACCAGCUGAGGAACGUGCGUGAGCGCAUCGCCAAGGCACUGGUGGAGAAAGGCAUCCUCACCACAGAGAAGCAGAACUUCCUGCUCUUCGACAUGACCACCCACCCCGUCAGCAACGCCACCGAGAAGCAGCGCUUGGUAAAGAAGCUCCAGGAGAGCAUGCUGGAGCGGUGGAUGAACGACCCCCACCGCAUGGACCGCAGGACUCUGGCUCUCCUGGUGCUGGCCCACUCCUCAGAUGUGCUGGAGAACGUUUUUGCCAGCCUAGCAGACGACAAGUACGAUGUGGCAAUGAACAGGACCAAGGACCUCCUCGAUAUGGACCCUGAGGUGGAAGCUGCCAAAGCCAGGGGUGCAGAAAUGAUCUGGGCUGUCCUGGCAGCUUUCAAUAAGUCUUAAAAAGCACCCGAACCCCCCAAACCAGGUGGGGCAGCCUUCCCCCCUCAGCGUGAGGCCAGGGGUAUUUGGGCACAGUUCCUGCAGCAGCAGGUGGGCUCAGCUCCGGGGGACUGGGGGGUUUUGCUCUUCCCCCCCGGGCAGGGGUGGGAGGGUGAGAGCCCACCUGCAUGGGUAGGUCGCACACUCCUCCUAAGGCUGGUGUCUCCUGGGAGAGGUGGCUCUUUGCUCCAGUGCUCCUCGCCCAUGGGCUUCCUUCCCAUCCAGUGCAGCUCUGGGAGGUGGCAGAGCCCAGCCCUGCCUCUGGGUGUGGGAACCAAGCUGCUCAGAUGGGCCAAACCCUGGCAGAAACGGGGCUGCAGCGCAGUCUGCGCUCCCUGGGCACUCCCAGUGCACAACAGCUUGUCCCGCUGUCUCUGUGGCUCCCUCUUCUACACAGAGGUCUUGCCUUUGAGCUGCCUGGGCAGUGCCGAUUCCCCUAAGGAACACACUGAUUUCCUGCUGGGGUGGGGUACGGGCAGGAGGCCGGUUUGGGGGUGUCCAGCAGCUGGGAGCACCCCACGUGCCUGCUGGCACUGGGCAGCCUGAAGCCCUCGACAUGUGUCGGCAUUGAGGAGCAGCUCUGUAAAAACCGUAGAGCCCUGUCCCAGGCUGUGUCCAUCGCACACCUGCGCUUUCUAGUAAGGGGAAAAGUUAAACUGUGAUUUUGAGAAUAUUUUUUUUUCACCACCACUUUAAUCUCAUGUAGUUCAUUUAAAUGUAUUUCUCUGCAGCCUAA